CUCGGUCAUGGAGGCGCCAGUCGCCCGCUUGUUUCUGCUCCUGUUGCUCGGGUCCUGGACCCCGACGCCAGGCAGUGCCUCCUCCGAGGCACCGCCGCUGAUCAACGAGGACGUGAAGCGCACAGUGGACCUAAGCAGCCACCUGGCUAAGGUGACGGCCGAGGUGGUCCUGGCGCACCUGGGCGGCAGCUCCACGUCCCGAGCUACCUCUUUCCUUCUGGCUUUGGAGCCUGAGCUCGAGGCUCGGCUGGCGCACCUGGGCGUGCAGGUGAAGGGAGAAGAUGAGGAAGACAACAAUUUGGAAGUACGUGAAACCAAAAUUAAGGGUAAAAGUGGGAGAUUCUUCAUAGUCAAGCUCCCAGUUGCUCUUGAUCCUGGGGCCAAGAUUUCAGUCAUUGUGGAAACAGUCUACACCCAUGUGCUUCAGCCGUAUCCAACCCAGAUCACCCAGUCAGAGAAACAGUUUGUGGUGUUUGAGGGGAACCAUUAUUUCUACUCUCCCUAUCCAACGAAGACACAAACCAUGCGUGUGAAGCUUGCCUCUCGAAAUGUGGAGAGCUACACCAAACUGGGGAACCCCACGCGCUCCGAGGACCUACUGGAUUAUGGGCCUUUCAGAGAUGUCCCUGCCUAUAGUCAGGAUACUUUUAAAGUACAUUAUGAGAACAACAGCCCUUUCCUGACCAUCACCAGCAUGACCCGAGUCAUUGAAGUCUCUCACUGGGGUAAUAUUGCUGUGGAAGAAAAUGUGGACUUGAAGCACACAGGAGCUGUGCUUAAGGGGCCUUUCUCACGUUAUGAUUACCAGAGACAGCCAGAUAGUGGAAUAUCCUCCAUCCGUUCUUUUAAGACCAUCCUCCCUGCUGCUGCCCAGGAUGUUUAUUACAGGGAUGAGAUUGGCAAUGUUUCCACCAGCCACCUCCUUAUUUUGGAUGACUCUGUAGAGAUGGAAAUCCGGCCUCGCUUCCCUCUCUUUGGCGGGUGGAAGACUCAUUACAUCGUUGGCUACAACCUCCCAAGCUAUGAGUACCUCUAUAAUUUGGGUGACCAGUAUGCACUGAAGAUGAGGUUUGUAGACCAUGUGUUUGAUGAACAAGUGAUAGAUUCUCUGACUGUGAAGAUCAUCCUGCCUGAAGGAGCCAAGAACAUUGAAAUUGAUAGUCCCUAUGAAAUCAGCCGUGCCCCAGAUGAGCUGCACUACACCUAUCUGGACACAUUCGGCCGCCCUGUGAUUGUUGCCUACAAGAAAAAUCUGGUGGAACAGCACAUUCAGGACAUUGUGGUCCACUACACGUUCAACAAGGUGCUCAUGCUGCAGGAGCCCCUGCUGGUGGUGGCGGCCUUCUACAUCCUGUUCUUCACCGUCAUCAUCUAUGUUCGACUGGACUUCUCCAUCACUAAGGAUCCGGCCGCAGAAGCCAGGAUGAAGGUAGCCUGCAUCACAGAGCAGGUCUUGACCUUGGUCAACAAGAGAAUAGGCCUCUACCGUCACUUUGACGAGACUGUCAAUAGGUACAAGCAAUCCCGGGACAUCUCCACCCUCAACAGUGGCAAGAAGAGCCUGGAGACCGAACACAAGGCCUUGACCAGUGAGAUUGCACUGCUGCAGUCCAGGCUGAAGACAGAGGGCUCUGAUCUGUGUGACAGAGUGAGCGAAAUGCAGAAGCUGGAUGCACAGGUCAAGGAGCUGGUGCUGAAGUCGGCGGUGGAGGCUGAGCGCCUGGUGGCUGGCAAGCUCAAGAAAGACACGUACAUUGAGAAUGAGAAGCUCAUCUCAGGAAAGCGCCAGGAGCUGGUCACCAAGAUCGACCACAUCCUGGAUGCCCUGUAGCCCCUGCCCGCAUCCUCAGGGGGGCCCAGGGUGCCUGCACUUUGCAGUGGCAGGCAGAAUGGGUGGUAGUGGGAGGUUGUGCAUGGAGGCCAGUGAAGGCUGACAUCUGUAAAAGGCCUUCAAGGAAGAGAAACCAGGCCCUGCCUCAGGCAGUGUGAGAAGCUUGCUGUUUGUCCUUAAAUCUUUCCUUUUUUUUAAAAAAAAGAAAAAAAAACUCCAAUUAAAAACAAAACAUCUUUGUGUUUUGAACAAAGGAAUUUUCAAUAUUUGAUUGGUAUUCUGUUCUGAAGCUAGGGUAUUUUUUCAGCCUAUAAAGCCCCCUGUUUUAUGCCCUUCUAAUUCCUGAUGUUUGGGUAUUUUGUGAGUGCAUGUGUUUUUUUUUUUUUU